AUGGACGAGGAUACAUCCAAGAGAUCAGCAUCGAUUGAGGAGUAUCGCUCAGAAAGAGUUGAUAGCAACCAAGAAGCAUCAGACUCAGAGCUAGGCUCAUGGGAAUGGAUUGACCAUAAGAAGCUAGCAGCAACGACUCAGGAACCACAGAUUCCACAGGAGUAUAUCGAGUUUCAGCACUUGUUCAAGCAGCCCGAACAACCUGAACUACCAGACCACGGACCACACGACCAUCGCAUACCCCUUAUGGAAGGGAAGACACCGACAUGCAAGAAGAUUUACCCGAUGUCAGAACGAGAAUCGAAAAUACUACGGGAAUAUAUUGAAGAACAAUUGGCAAAAGGAUUCAUCAGACCAUCGACAUCACCAGCAGGGCACGGAGUCCUAUUUGUACCGAAAAAAGAUGGAAGUCUACGGCUAUGUGCAGAUUACCGACCACUCAACGCCAUCACCAUCAAAGAUCGACACCCAUUACCACGAGUUGAUGAAAUGCAAGACCGAAUUAGAGGAGCAAAAUGGUUUACCAAAUUUGACCUUGUGGACGCCUACAAUCGACUACGAAUUGCCAGAGGAGAAGAAUGGAAAACGACCAUCAGAACGAAAUAUGGACAUUAUGAAUAUCUGGUCAUGCCAUUUGGGCUUACCAACGCACCAGCAUCAUUCCAACGAUUCAUCUAUGAUGUACUUGGAGUAUAUCUUGACAUCUUCGUGAUAGUCUACCUUGAUGACAUCUUGGUCUUCUCCAGCACCUUUGAAGAACAUGUGCAGCACGUCAAGAAAGUACUGCAAAAACUUGAGGAAGCAAAGCUACGAUUGAAGUUGAAGAAGUGUGAAUUCCAUGUUCAGGAAACCGAGUUCUUAGGACACUGGAUCACUACAGAAGGAAUCCAGAUGGAUAAGAACAAAGUUCAAGCAAUCUUGGAUUGGCCAGAGCUGAAGAACACCAAGGAAGUUCAGCAGUUCACAGGACUUGUGAACUACUACCGACGAUUCUUGAAGGACUACUCACAAUUCAUGACACCACUGUUCAAAUUGUUGAAAAAGGGACAAGAGUUUCAAUGGGGACCAGAACAACGACAAGCGUUUCAACAAGCCAAAGAAAAAAUUGUAUCUGCACCAGCACUUGUGCAGUUCGACCCAGAAAAGGAAACCACAAUUGAAACCGACGCAUCAGACUACGCCAUUGGUAUGAGGAUGACUCAACCAGGACCAGAUGGAAAACCACGAGCCGUUGCAUUCCACUCACGAAAACUAGUUCAAGCGGAAUUGAACUAUGACAUCCAUGAUAAGGAAUUGCUAGCCAUAGUGGUAGCAUUCAAGACUUGGAGAGUUUAUUUGGAAGGAGCACAACACACUGUACUUGUGAAAACAGAUCACAAGAACCUGACCUUCUUCACAACAACCAAAGAGUUGACCCGAAGACAGGCCAGAUGGGCUGAAGUACUAUCGCAAUACGACUUCAAGAUCAUCCACUGCAAAGGAAAUGAGAAUGGACAAGCAGACGCACUCAGUCGACGACCGGACUAUGAGAUCAAAGACCGAACGAUCAACCCAGCAAUAUUGAAAACGAACGAAGACGGAACCAUCAGCUAUAACCACCAGGUGUUAGCAGCAACCAUGCAUACCUCGAACAAACCUUUGGAAAAGAAAAUUGUCGAAGAAACACAAAAAGAUAAAAUGAUCCAGGAUAUGAUUGAAAACUCAGCAGAAAACGACAAAUUGACCACAGAUAACAAUGGAUUAGUGUACUUGCACAAUCUCAUCUAUGUGCCAAAGAGCAUGAGAAAUGAGAUCAUCAGCAUGCACCAUGACACUCCACUCCACGGACAUUUGGGAACAGAGAAAACAGCUGAACAAAUCAUGAGAAACUACUACUUCCCAAACACGCGAAAAGUUGUUCAAGAAUAUGUGAAGAACUGUGAAACUUGCAUUCGAGAUAAGGCAGCAAGACAUCAACCCUAUUGUCACAGGCUGCGCCUGUAG